AUGAAGAUUGACUUUAAAAUCUUUUUUUUUAUUUUCCUACUCACUGGACUUUCUUUUUCUCUCGAAGACUGUCCGCAACAUUGCAAGUGCGACUGGGAAUCCAAGAGGGUGUCAUGUUCUGGAGUUGAAGUUGUGCCUUUUUUCCAUGGCUCUAUAGAGGAGGUGUUGCUUGUGAGGACAAAGCUUGCUUCUAUUCCCCCAAACACAUUUGCCAGUUUGCCCAACAUUUCUCAUGUAUACAUCUUUGAGGAUGAAGCCAUAAUGUCUCUUGAGAGGCAUUCUUUUUACCACCUGUCCAAGGUUAUUCAUAUAGAGCUAAAUAGUAUCAAAACACUGAUGUACGUUGAUCGAGAGGCUUUUAUGGAACUUCCAAGCUUAAGAUAUCUUGGGAUCAUCAACACAGGCCUAACAUCAUUUCCUAUUGUUCAAUACAUUCACUCAAGACAAGAGAAUGUCAUUUUGGAAAUGGAGCAAAAUCUCUUCAUACGAGUCAUUCCUGCCAAUUCUUUCACUGGAAUAUCUAAGAAUGCUUUAACACUCAUACUUCAUGGCAAUGGCCUGACAGAAAUCCAGGACUAUGCUUUCAAUAGUACCCAGCUGGAGGAAGUAUACCUUAACAGGAAUAUGGAUUUGGAAAAUAUAGCCGAAUUAGCAUUCUCUGGGGUGAUUCAUGGCCCAACUCAUUUAGACCUUUCAGAAACCAAAGUACAUUCUUUGCCUUCAUUAGGCAUGACCAGCAUUGAAAGGCUUCAAAUUAGCAAAACGUGGGAACUCAAAGCUCUUCCUCCUUUGAGUGCCUUUCUUCAUUUGCAGAAUGCCCAUGUGACCUAUGCAAGCCACUGCUGUGGUCUUAGAAUGCUUGAAAGAUGGAGGAGAGAGGCAAAAUUCUGCAACCUAACUAGGGCUGCCCUUGCAAAUCAGCAGGAAUCCUUUGGCCUUUUGUCCGAGAAGCUUCUGGGAAAUGGUCUUUUCCAGCGACAAAAAAACAGCUCAUUGGUCCCAACUACCGGAGGACAACAUUACAAUAUGAACAACCUUGGCGACGGGUGUCCAGACAAACAGGCUCAGGAGGAGGGCUCGUAUGUGGUGGAUUUAUCUUCAGAGCAGUUUGGAGAGGAGUUUGACUUUGCUCUGUGUAAUGAUCUUUUCAGAGACAAAGGACCGUCAUGCACACCUCUGCCUGAUGCCCUGAAUCCCUGUGAGGAUGUAAUGAGCCAAGGCUUCCUCAGGGUAUUGGUCUGGGUGGUCAGUUUUGUAGCCAUUUCAGCAAAUUCGUUUGUGCUGUUCAUCUUAUUGACAUCCCAUCAGAAGCUGUCUGUCACCCGUUUCUUUUUGGGUCACCUAGCCUUUGCAGAUGGGUGCAUGGGUAUGUAUUUACUGUUUAUUGCAUUGGUUGAUUUCUACACACACUCUCGUUAUUACCAAUAUGCCAUUUCCUGGCAAACGGGACGUGGCUGUAACUUGGCAGGGAUUCUAUCUGUGUUUUCUAGUGAGUUAUCUGUGUACACAUUAACUUCAAUUAGCUUCCAACGCUGGCAUGCAAUCUUUAAUGCCAUGAGGCCAGACAGACAGAUGAGGUUGCGGCAUGCGGCCCUGCUUAUGCUCUUAGGGUGGUUAUUGUGUGGGACCAUUGCUUCUUUGCCAGUACUUGGCGUAAACACCUACCAGAGAGUGAGCAUUUGUUUACCUAUGGACACUGAGACAGCUGUUGGGCAGUUUUAUAUUGUGUCUGUUUUAGUUAUAAAUGUAAUGGCAUUCAUGGCAGUAUGCUUAUGCUACCUUCACAUCUAUUGUAUGGUGCACAAUCCCCAGCGUGACUCUAGCAGAUAUGACACCAGAAUGGCCAAACGCAUGGCUGUUCUUAUUUUUACCAACUUUCUGUGUCUGGCUCCAAUUUGUUUUUAUGGUUUGUCUGCAGUGCUCCAUCAACCACUUAUGACCAUCACAGAUUCUAAGGUGCUGCUUGUACUCUUCUAUCCACUUAAUUCUUGUGCGCACCCUUUCUUUUAUGCCAUCCUAACUAAGGCUUUCCACAGAGACAUCCUGCUAUUGUUGAGUCGCAUGGGGCUGUGCCAAAAGAAAGCAUAUCUCUCCCGAAGGCAUUUUCUCAGCAUCAAGCCCCAUAUUUACGGAAAGACUUUGCCUGACAUAUAGUCCACAACAUCCCAAAACAUAAAUAAUCUGCUGGCUAAAAUGCAAUCCUGUAAAGGCAGUGCCCGUCACUGGCUGCGGCCUCAAGAACUUUUCCUCACCAUUUAUGUUGUUUGUAUUUUGUUCUCUUCGAUGGGUUGUUACUGUACUCUGUAACAAAUGAAGGCACUCUGAUUCUGAUUGUGAGCAUUUUUCCCUUUUAUAUGCAGUGACUCUAUAUUUCAAUUUUGUA